AUGCAGCUUGAUGUGGCAGUUGACCUCCUCACUAAAGCAAAAACAUUUCCCACUAACUACAGAAGAACUGGCUUUGCUUCAGCUCAGGCCUCUGCUAAAGAGGCUGUACUCAAAAGAUUAAGAACCACAAACAAGCACUUUGCUUAUGAAGCCCCACAUGAGCCCAUUGCAGAUGCCAUGAAGAGACUGGAAGCAACAUUCCUUAAUGUUGUUGUCGACACAGUCACUGAAUCCUUAACUGAUAGGUUUGAAACACUGGGUUUAAUGAGAGACAGAUUUGGAGUGCUGCUCAAUUUCCAAAAACUGGAUGAUCAGGCAUUGAGCAACCAGUGUGACAACCUCUGCAUGACAUUAGGCACUGGAAAUGAAAGUGACAUUGAUGGAAAGGAACUAGCUGUGGCAGUCAAAAACUUGUCAAGCUUACCCUCAGAUGACAUGACUGCUCUUAAGCUCCUCACCUUUCUUCACAAAAAACAUUUGGAGGAACUGUAUCCUAAUCUGUGGGUUGCCCUGAGAAUCGCCUGCACUCUGCCUGUGACUGUGGCGGCCUCAGCAGAGAGGAGCUUCUCAAAGCUGAAGCUCAUCAAGACCAAUCUAAAGUCUUCCAUGGGACAGGAUCGACUCACUGGUCUUGCAAUAAUCAACAUCAACCAUGAGGUGGGCAAGCAGGUGUCAUUUGAGGACAUCAUUGAUGACUUUGUGAGUAAAAAAAAGCCAUGA